UAAAAUAUGAGUAAUUGAGUAGUCACACUUCCCAUCCCCGACUUACUUGAACGCCCUCUUGUCUUUCUCUCGAUCCCAAUCGGCCAAUCCCAUAGAAAGUAGAAACCAACCCCCGGCCAGCAGCUUGACCCACGUUGACCAGAUGGCUCUGCUUACCUUUUGCCCAGUCCUCCCUCCAAACUCCUUCCCUUAUUCCUCUGUCCUAAACCGCACAACACCAAACCCAGUGCACACGACAAGAACACGAACCAGAACACCAUCAUCAGGAACCUUGGCGGCUUCGUCUUCGUCUGAGGAUUCUCACAAGUCAACAAAGUUGGUCACUUUCUUGGGGAAAGGUGGGUCUGGCAAGACCACCUCUGCCAUUUUCGCUGCCCAGCAUUUUGCAAUGGCUGGCUUUAGCACAUGUUUGGUGAUACAUACACAAGAUCCCUCUACUGAGUUCCUUCUAAACUGCAAAAUUGGAACAUCUCCAGUUCUAUGCAGCCAUAACCUUUCGGCUCUUAGGUUUGAAACCACCAAAAUGCUUCUAGGACCUUUGAAGCAGCUAAAGCAAGCAGAUGCUCGACUUAAUAUGACACAAGGAAUUCUUGAAGGGAUUUUUGGAGAAGAGCUUGGCGUGCUUCCUGGGAUGGAUCCUAUUUUUUCCGCAUUAGCACUUGAGAGGCUUGUGGGGUUCUUUGGGAAUGUGGCUCAAAGAAACCACGAUAAAGAUAAAUUUGACAUAAUUGUGUAUGAUGGUAUGAGCUCCGAGGAAAUGCUAAGGAUGAUAAGUGCAGCCGGUAAAGCAAGGUUGUACUUAAAAUAUCUACGGAAUGUGGCUGAGAAAACUGAUCUUGGGAGGAUGGCCGGUCCUUCACUUCUCAGACUUGUGGAUGAAGCCAUGAGUAUAACCAGCAGUAAACCUCUUUUCAAUGGGAAAAUGAGUGCAGAAAUAUGGGACAGUGUUGAAAAAAUGUUGGAGAGAGGGUCGUCUGCUUUCUCAGAACCUCAAAAAUUUGGCUGCUUCCUAAUGUUGGACCCAGACAAUCCAGCAUCAAUUAGUUCUGCAUUACGAUAUUGGGGUUGCACAAUCCAAGCUGGUGGACAGAUUUCUGGAGCAUUUGCCAUCGCAUCACCAAAAUUGAAUACUGAAUCAGAGGAAGAACUCAAGAAUAUAUUUUCACCCUUGCCUUUUGCUUUCAUUCCACAUAUCUCCCUAGGUCUCCCCCCUCUGGACUGGGUUGCAAUCAUGCAAAACACUGUCGGUGAAAAUGCACGAAGUCUUCUUUCUACGACAGCAAGUGGCAGCAGUAGCCUACUGUCCUCUGUAUCGUUUGAUGCAGCCAGAAAGUCAAUAAUCCUUUUCAUGCCAGGUUUUGAGAAGUCAGAGAUAAAGCUAUAUCAGUACAGAGGAGGAUCAGAGUUAUUAGUGGAAGCCGGGGAUCAAAGACGUGUAAUUCAUCUGCCUUCUAAAAUUCAAGGGAAGGUUGGAGGUGCCAAGUUCAUAGACAGAAGUCUUGUAAUCACAAUGAGAUAGUGUAGUGUAAUCAAAUUUUGGUGACUCCACCUAUUCAUGAUCACUUGUGUAUUUCUGUGAGAGAGAUUAGGCAAAAUUGACAUGUUAAGCUAUACUGACAUCAUUAUAUCAAUAAAGGUAGUUCUCACUUUACGGCAA